UUGUCGGAAGUGCAACUGGAGAAGAUCGACACGCUGCCGCUGAUACAGUGCCGACUUGUGCUAGCCUCCGCUGGCAGCUCCCAUUCAUCGAUGCAAUCCAUUGUCACUCAUUUCAAGCGUGUACUCAGCCGUUCCGAAUCACGGCGCUUCUUCGGACGCCCGCUGGAAGGUUCGUCGCCACCUCAGCCAGUUUUGACGAUGAUCGACCACUUAAUCCUUCACGGAGUGGAUGUCGAAGGAUUGUUCCGGAAGUCACCCAAGCAGAGUACUUUGCGCAUGUUGAAAGCACAGCUUGACCGCGGUUCUGUUCCAGAUUUCUAUCAAUUCAAUCCGCACGUUACUGCUGCGCUGCUUAAAACUAACAUUGUGAAAUCACCUCAUUAA